GACAGAACACUCCCAUCCUGGCGUAACCCCCAAGGUAAAGGCUUUUCCUCCAGUUGGGAUUAUUUGAGGAAGAGUGGGGGCCAGGCAAAGGUGGCAAAUAUUUCAAAGAGACACGAUUAGUCCUCAUAGCAAGAUUCAGUCCUAAAAGGCUCAGAAUGUCAGUUCAAGGCAAGAUGUGAAAGACAAACUGAAGGAAGCUAUACAGCUUCUUGAAGGAAAAUGGCAGAUUCCUUGUACAUCUGGGUCUCCAUCAUUUUCUGGAUCUGGUCUGUGGUGUCAGGACAUCCUUGUAACACUGACCAACAGGGAUGGGCUGAUUGCAGUGGGAAGAAUCUUCACCAUGCUCCAAGCUCCCUCCCCAGAAAUAUUACCAUCCUGGAUCUGUCCUUUAACUCCUUGCAAAUACCCAAACAUGGAAAAUUUCUGAGAAGCUUCCCUUCUCUGCGCUCCUUAAACCUCUCCAGUAAUAUCAUUCCUACUCUUUAUCCAGCACUAUUUUGUAACCUCAAGUCUCUCCAACUGUUGGAUUUAAGCAGCUGCAGCAUUUCUAUCAUACACCCAAAGAGCUUUGUAGGCUUGAGGAACCUUCACAUGCUGCUCCUAAAAAACAAUAAACUUCAAUCUCUUGACCCCUCCAUAUUCCCUGUUCCUUGGACCCUUGUUGAGCUGGACCUUCGAAACAAUGAGCUGUCCUCUGCAGGUGAACUCAUUCCACUACUUGUGCAACAAAUCCACCACGUCAAGCUUCAAGGGAAUCCAUGGGUGUACAAUGGCUUCAUAACUCCUGUCCAGCAAGGACUCCAACAAAGAGAAGUUAAACAGAUCCUACAUGAAUCACACCCAGAAUUCAAGACUCAGGAAAAUACUAUUCUCAAUUAUCAGGAUUUAGUCCAGAGAACAAAAUAUCGGCUUCGUCGGGAAGAAGCCACAGCACCACCAACAAAUUACACAUCCAUGCCACCACCUGGAAAAGUUGUAAACAACUGGGUGUAUUUUGCUGUUUUUGUGCUUCUGGCUGUUGGCAUCUCCAUUGGAAUUGCACUAAUUGCAAAAUGCAAAUUGCUCCAGAGGAAUCGUGCCAGCUACCAUCACCAGCGGCUGCCAGAUUCUCAUUCAGUUGGGAGCAGCCGUAUUGAGGAUGUACCCGACUGGGGAGAAACUGACAUGGAUGUGACCUCCAGGAGGAACUGUGGAGCAGUUGGUUGCCACCCAGAAGAUGAUGAUGGUUUCAUUGAGGAUAACUACAUUGAACCCAGUCGUGACAUGCAGGAGGAGGAGGAGGAGGAGGAGGAAAUGGACCCUCAUUUCAAACUCUAAGAAUCUAGUAGAAAACAUGGCCCAAUUAUCUGCACCCUCAAGAACCUGUACUGAGCCUUUUUACCCCCCAUUGUCUACUCGAUGGGCUUCCAGUGACUUCACAACAGCCUCUCAUUCUUGAGUCUGAUCUCCCUCCUUUAACCACCAGGGGUCAUGCCACAUUCACAAGGGGCCACUGCCUUCAAAUAAGCAUGUAUGUUCUCUGAACUGUAGUAUGUGCUCAAUGUCCUUUAACUUCGGAAGCUUUGUUCUGCCCCCCAAGUGAAUCUGUUUUUGGUCCCUUUACUUGGCUAGGAGAGAGUGUGGGAGACACAAGCCAGGUUCAACAGUUCAACAAUAGGUUUAUUAAGAGGAUUAAGACCCUAACU